AUGGCUGAUCGCAGCGAGACGCCGGAGUCCGACACCGGCUCGGGCUCCAGACACGACCCCGACCAACCGCCGGCGCGCAAGAGGCAGCGCGUGCGCCUGAGCUGCCUCGAGUGCCGCCGCCGCAAGCUGUCGUGCGAUCGGGGCUUCCCCUGCGAGCGCUGCAUCAAGAGCGGCACGCCGGACCGCUGCAGCUACGAGUCGCGCAACGGCGAGGUCGUCAACGCCUCGUCCGGCAUCCCGCCGUCCUUUGCGCAGCUCGACUCGCGCCGCUUCGGCAUCGCCGACGCCGUCGCCGGCUUCUCGUCGCGGGACACGGAGCUCGCCCGCCAGGACCACGAUCGCAUCCGCCGGCUGGAGCUGGAGAUCGCCCAGCUCAAGAACCUGCUGACGAGGCCCGGCGCGGCGUCGCUCGACGGCAGCACCGUCGUGGGCAGCACCAACUCGCCGUCGACGCACAAGGACGAGGGCGCCGAGGCCGAGGCGCGGCCCCGCGCGGAAGAGCAGGAGAUUAUCCAGAAGAGCGGCAUGGCCGGCGAGAAUGGCGAGCUGCGCUUCUUCCGCGGCAAGGGCUUCCGGACUCGCUACUUUGGCCCUCACAACGCCAGCAUGGCCUUUGUCGAGCUGACGGGCCUGUGUCCCUUUAUGCGCGAGACGGCGGACGAGUGGCUGCGGCCGGUGAUUCUGCAUGAUCGCAAGGACCGCAAGCGCCGCCAGGAGGAGCGGGAGACCAUCUUUGAGCAGUCGGACCCGGAGCUCGAGGCUCUUCUCCCCUCCAAGGAAGAGACGGAUGCCCUGAUCUCCGUCUACCUCGACCAGUUCGAGCAGAUCCACCGCAUCGUACACGUGCCCACCUUCCGCAAGGAGUAUGCCGAGUUCUGGGUUCCCGGGACCAAGCAGCGAUAUGCGGCCUUUACGGCCUUGGUCCUGUCGAUGAUGGCUGUGGCAAGCUGCGUGCACACGCACGAGUCGCUCAAAUUCGUCGGCAUGAUGUCGACUGCACGGCACAAGGCUGAGAAGUGGAUCGUGGCCUGCGAUGACUGGGCGGGCCGGCAGAGCCAGAAGCACCGGCGGCUCAUCCACUAUCAGAUCGCGUGCCUGCUAUACCUCGGCAAGCGCGUCAACACCAUCAAGAAGAAGCGCUUCUGGACAAGCUCGGGCCAACUGAUCCGCGACGGCAUCGCCGUGGGGCUCCAUCGUGAGCCAAGUCACAUGGGCGGUAAGAUCACCGUGUACAACCAAGAGAUGCGGCGCAGGAUAUGGGCCACCGUCCAAGAGUUUGACAUGCAGGCUUCCUUUGAUCACGGCCUGCCGACGCUGGUGAGCCAGCUUCACUUUGACACUAACCCUCCGCGGAAUCUCGACGACGAGGACUUUGACGAGAGCACCACGCAGUUGCCGCCGUCGAAGCCGGCCAAGGAGUAUACCUUUUCCUCGUUCCAGAACCUGGCGCGGCGAAGCUUACCCCUGAGGCUGGAGCUCAGCCGUCUCCUGACUGGUCCCGUAUCUGAGAUUGAUUACGACCAAGUCAUCCGCUAUACAAACGAUCUCACCCAUGAGAUUGAUGCCCUGCCGUCGUGGGACAUGAAUCCCGAAAGCAACUCCGAUUCCAAGAAGAACCCUCUCAUUGCAUAUACGCUGCUGCACGUCCAGCUGCGACAGUACAUCACCCCCUUACACCAACCCUACCUCAAGCUGCGCAAGCAAAACUCCAAGUACCAGUACUCCGAAAUCAUCUACUACAACGCCGCGCGGGACAUGGUCCUCCUGCACGACAAGUUGUACGAGCAGGGCGUGCGAGCGCUCAACUUCCUGCGAGAAGACGCCCUCACAACGGCCAUCAACCUAUGCAGCGUGACGAUGCUGCAGCCGCGCGGCUCGACCAACAUGAUCAUGAUCAACUCGCACCACACGGUGAAGCUCAUCGAGAAGUGCAUCGCCAUGAAGGAGGACCGGCUGCUGCGCUGCGGGAACAACGAGCCGUGGGGGUACUCCAUCAUGUGUGCCGCCUUGGGCCUUCUCGAGGCCCAUCUGGGAACCAAGACGACCGAGGCGGCCAAGUCGACGUCGGCGGAGCGCUUCGUCAGCCUUCAUUACAAGCUGCUUGCGAACCAGGAGCCGCCGCUGUCGUCUGUGCCGCUGCCGGGGACGCCUCUUCAUCCUCCGCCCAUUGGGCCGAUUGCUGGGCCAGGGAUCGGGCCCGUGCCGGGGCUGGAGAUGCCUGACGGAACAAAGGUGAGCAUCAAACUGUUUCACUCUCUCUUAGAUACAUCCGUUACACCAUUCUCCUUCCCGGCACUGUCGACAGUUCCCGUGGAACCAUCGUGGGCCGUGAGUGACGCAACACAGCCCUUUAACCUCGACCCAAGCCUAGAGCUGCUGGGCUUGAAUCUUAAUGAGAUCUGGGGAGAAUCAUGGGAGCUGGGGCUGUAA